GCACCCAAACACCUUCUCGACCCCAAUCCAAAUAAUACUGACCUCGACUUCUCAGCAUAUCGGACCGACACAUGAUUCAAUAACACAUCAAUCAACCCGUCGCAUUCCAUCCAUCUACCCCACCAGCCAUCACCAUCACGACCAUCACAACCGAAGACCACAACCGUCGCAAUGGCGCUCGAAACCCUCCAAAUCGAACACGUCCCGUCGGACCACCACGUCUACGCCGCCCUCUUCCGCGACGUCCAAAACGUCGACUUCCUCCAAGCCCAGCUCAUCGGCAAGAACCCCGAGUUCGAGUACGCCUUCAUCGACGCCUCGGUCAUCAUCUCCCGCACACACCUGUUCGCCGCCAUCUUCCGCGCGCUCAACACCUUGACUGAGGGAACCCUCCAAACCCCAAACGUCCAUUCCGAUAUCGUCAUUGGGCUAAGUCCGACCAACAAUAUCUCCGAAUCCUACCGCCGCUACGGUCUAACCCCUUCCAAAACGCGCGACGUCCUGGUCAUCAAAGUCGUCUACCCCAAACUCAGCUCCGAAAACUCGGCAAUCACCAGCGAACAACCAACACCAGAAAGCAUAUGGCAACACCUGACCACUCACAUUCAAGGUACGCCCGUACCGCUUACAAACGAGGAAUUCGCCAAGUCGACGGAUUGGGCAAAAGUGCGCAAGUAUUACAAGCUGAAUGGCGUGCCGGGCGUGGAGAGGAUAGACAAGGCGGAUGAAGAGGGGAGGCGGAAGGAGAUGGAGGGGUUGGUUGUUAGUGGGAUUGCGCUGAGGGGGUUGUAGAUGAAGCAAAGGAUUGGCGGGAGGAGGAAUACAAGAAUAGGACAAGAUAAAGGUCAAGACAAAAGUCGAUUGACAGAUAAGAAUGAAGGAAGAUACCUCUAGAGGUUGGGGAAUGACCUGAGACGGCAUUGGGUUGUAGAGAAGCAUAGACUUGGACAUGAAGAGCUGCAUGUUGAACUGACACCAAACCAAGAUACUACUGACUCUUACUGUGUAGCCUUGGUGAAAGUGUCUGGGCAAUGCAUACAAUAAAAGAGCGAAAGAAGGAAAGAAAAGACAAAAGUAAUGCAUGUCAGGAUCAAAGCGGGAACAUGGCCUCGGUCAAUUAUUGGCGGGAUUCUAGUAAAUUGGCGCUUGUCCAUGGCAAGAUUUCAGGUAAUUUCACUACCAUGUUAAAAGAACCGUAGGUUGGUCUCAAAAAGUAGUUUUGAUGUUGAAAACAACAUUGUCAUAGGACUUUUGAGUGGAAAGACAGAGAUCACGAUGACCAGACCCGG